AUGAACAAUCGAGGCAAAGCCUCCAACUACCAGGAGGAGGAUGACGGUGGUGAUGUUGGUGAUGUUGGUGUUAGUGGUAUUAGUGGUGGUAGUGGUGGUAGUGGUGGCAAUGGUAGUAAUGGUAACAACGAUGGUAAUGGUGGUGAUGAUGUCGAAGUACUCGCUAACGCUAUAUAUAGCGAUCAAGAUGACGACAGUGAGGAUGAUGACGAGUGGGGACCAGAAGACGAUGCCGCGUGGCUAAGUGGGCUCGAGGACACCAAACCAGUCCGCAACCAGACCGUCGUCCAUAACGUCAUCACAAAAUGCCGGGAGAUGCUAAAGAUGUUGAAGUUCUCCGGGAAGGCAGCUCGCAUCAUGGAGGAUGUCCGCAGCAACAUCCCUGAUGAAGAGAAAGCUAACCUAAACUACACAAUAGAUACGCCUACCCACUGGAACUCAACAGUGGUAAUGUUAGAGAUGGUGCUUAAGAACGAGGCCAGCUUCGACCAGUUCCAAGCCAAAGUCAAAGCUGACAAACUUCAAGGCCAAAUAUGGAAAACAGUAUGCAACUACGGAUUCGCCACGAAAGAUUAUGAAAACAUGCGAGACAUCGUCAAGGUUUUGCGACCCUUCUCGGAAGCGUGCAAGACUCUGGCAACUACACACUAUCCCACACUCCCGAGGCUAUACUCGGUGGUGGGAUUCCUCAGGAGGUUCUUGGAAAACGAUGGCAGCCAAGCAAGCUCGCACUCUACUUGCUUUUACAAGAACCUCUAG